AUGGAGGGCGAAGGCAACGCCAGCUCUGGAAGACCAGGAGCGGGGGCGCCACGGCCAGUAGAACCCGCAGCUCCACUAGCAACGCCUGCUAUGGCACCUCAAACCCCAGCAGCACAGCCACCAACCUCCACAGAUGCCGCUCCCACCACACCUGACAGCACUCCCAGGCCUCCAAUAAAGCCCUAUGAGUCUGCUGCUGCCGCAUCAGGUAGCAGCGCUGCCAGCGCUUCCGAGCCUUUCGUCCCGAAGCAGCCGGUUCGGGAGGACAUGGUUCGGCAGGCCGUGAGCUUCCUCUCCAACCCUAAGGUCCGGAGCUCCCCGGUGCGGUUUCGCCGAGCCUUUCUGGAGCGCAAGGGCAUGUCAGCUGAGGAGAUUGACGAGGCUUUUCGCCGCUGCCCGGACCCAUCAACAGGGUCAGAGGACGUGGAGGUGGGCUCGUCUUCCCAGCCCCUCCCUGCUGCUCGCAAGGCCCCUGCUGCCACUGCUGCCACUGCCACUGCUGCAGAGCCAGCUGCUGCUGCCGCUGCCGCUCCUCCUCCUGCUGCUGCGGUUGCUCCUGGUCCGCAGCAGCAGGCACAGGCACAGCAGGCGUUUUCAUGGACCAAGCUGGCAGUGGCUCUGGCUGUUGUGGGGGCAGGCACUGCCGGCACUGCUGCUGUUGCAAAGCGACUCGUGCUCCCACGCCUCAAGACCUGGCUUCAGGAAACUGCAGCACAGGAAUCGUCCAAGAAAGGCAAGCGCCGAGGCAAGCAGGCAGCAAAGAAGAGCAGCAAGGGGAAGAAAGCAAGCAGGCGACGAGGGCAGGGUACUGACCCAGACAAGCUGGAGGAGGAACGGGAGAAGGAGGGGGCGGAAGAGGAGGAGGGGAGUGGUGACAGCAGCAGUAGCUCUGGCAGCAGGAGUGAGUCAGAGAGUGAGUCCGAGACAGGGGAUUCAGAGAGUGAGGAGGAGAGGGGGAAGGGGAGGAGGGGAAAGGGAAGGCGCGGUGGAGGGAGGAAAGGGAAGGGGAAGGAGAGAGAGGGGGGAGGGAGGAGGCGAGGCAGGAGGGAGGGAGGCAGCAGGGAUGAGUCACAGGCGGCACUGUUGCGAGCCCUAGAAGCCAUGACUGCAGAGGUGCAGCAGCUCAAGGCCGCCAAUGCUGCUGGCUCUGCUGGUGCUUCCGGUGCCGGUGCUGUGGGAGCAGCAGCGGCUGGCAUUGCUGCUGCGGGCUCAGACAUGCGCUCUGCCCUGGCAUCUCGCCGGCCCACCCAGCAGCAGCAGCGCAGCGACGCACCCUACUCCCAGCCCUACUCGGCUCAAUCCUACUCCCCCCAGCCAUAUUCCGCCCAGCCGUGGCGCCCGUCUAGUGCCCCCGCGCCCUCUUCAUCCUCUGCUGCUCUGGGCGCCGGUGGCAGUAGCACUGCGACUCCUGGCGCGCCUGGUGUCGGAUCUGCUAGUGCAGCCGCAUCCGACGGCCCUCCCCAUCCCAAGUCCUUUUACGAGGUGAUGGAGAUGGUGAAGCGGGGAGAGACGCCUCCGGGAAUCAAGGACAUCAACGACAAGCCCCCCAAUCCCGAGCAGCCCCCUACAGACUCCCGCCUAGCACGCCCCCUCAAGCCCUGGGAGUCUGGAGCAGCACAGCAGGGACCUGGCAGCACCGCACCAACAGCAGCAGUACCAGCAAGAGGAGCAGCAGGAGCGGCAGCAGGAGCGGCAGCAGGAGCAGCAGCAGGAGCAGGAGGAGGGGGGUUCCCAGUGGGGGGUCAAGCAAGCAGGCCACUGUCUGCUGGCAUGAGCUCUGCUAACCCGCCCUACCCACCCAACCAGCCAUACCCGUACGGACCGAACCAGCCUUACACAGCCAGCCAGCCGUACCAAACCAGUGCCCCGUACACGACUAACCACCCGUACCAAGCCAAGCAGCCUUACCAAACCAACCAGCCUUACCAGCAGCAGCAGCAGCAGCAACAGCAGCCAUACCAGCAGCAGCAGCAGCAGCAGUUUGGGCAACCGUCUGCUUACAACCAGGGCGCCAUGGGCUCAGCGUAUGGUGCUACUAACGGGGGUGAUUAUAACGGAGGGAUGGGCUAUGCUGGUGUGAGUGGUGGUGCCGGUAACGGCUCUGUGGAUGAUGCUCCCUGGUCCCGCCGCCCGCCUGCCACGUCAUCAUCAGCUGCUGCUGCUGACUCAGCAGCCGCAGCCGCUGCUUCUGGAAUGUUCUCCGAUUCUCCCAGUGGAGAAGCAUCAGGGGGUGCAGCGGUGGAGACAGCAGGGGGGCCACCAGGAGUCUCAGGUGUCCCAUCAGGUGGACCAUCAGGGGGCGCAUCAGGUGGAGGGGGGUGGAGGCCGCCAGCCCUGCUGAAGCCAGUGCUGCCAGAAGCAGCCACAGCCAUCCGCCAGUGGCCCGCUGCCAGAGCCCCUAACUACUGGGGCGGCCCCGCUGCUGACGCCCCUGCCGCUGCUGACCCGGCUGCUGGUCCUCCGGUGAUUGAUGUUCCCUCUGGGCCUGCUCAGGUGCUGGGAGGGCUGCAAUCCAACAAUGGCAACGGUGAGGUGGCAGAGAUGGGGAGUGCCGGAGCAGCAUCAGAGGGAGUGAGUGCAGCACCAGAGCUUGCUGCCUUCCCCCUCCGCUUCCGCUCCCGCUCUCCCCGCCUCGCCAGCUCCGCCUUCUCCUCUGACCCGCCCUUGCUCCGGUCUCCACGUGCAUUCCCUUUCCCGCGCGCGUUCCUCCGAAAGCGCCCCGCCGCCGCCCUCCCCGCCACAUCGAAGCCCUUACGCGACUCACCCGCAUUACGCGCAACACGUGCCGUUCCCCUUGCCCUUCCGUGCUGCAUGCCGCGCGCUUUACGAUUUCCGGCAGCGUGUGUGGUGGUGGGCGCGGGGGUGGUGGGGCGGGAAGGGGAGAAAGUCGAGCCCCUUACCCGUUCUGCAAUGCCCGUGGAUUUCGAGGCGCAGGAGAGGGAGCAGGCGGAGUGUGUGGUGGUGGGCGCGGGGGUGGUGGGGCUGGAAAAGGAAAGAGGCGGGGGAGCGGAGACUGGCAGUUUCAGGCCAGCUCGCGCAACAGCGAAGCGAUUCACGCAGGGCUGUACUACCCUCAUGGGUCGCUCAAGGCCUCUUUACUCCUCGCACGCGUAUGCCUUCCUCCCCCUUCCUCUCACUUCCCCACACCCCCUUAACCCAUACCCUCCUCACACACCCCCACACCUGGUGCCCCUUUCCUCCCUCCAACUCAGCACCCCCUGCACACGUGGAUCAUGCUUCCACCACCCUUUCCAUCCUCUGCUGACGUGGCAGGCGCGGCUGUGUGUGGAGGGGCGGCGGCAGCUGUACGCGUUCUGUGAGGACAGGGGAGUGCUGCACCGCAGGGUCGGCAAGCUGGUGGUUGCCACGUCAGCAGACCAAGUGCCGCAACUGGAGCAGCUUAAGGCGAGUACAGCUGCUCUGCAGUGCUGUCAUGUCCCCACCCACGCGCAGGGCAACGGGGUGGAGGGGCUGCGGAUAGUGGGCCAGGAGGAGACUUGGCAACGGGGUGGAGGGGCUUCAACUGUUGGGUCGGGAGGAGGCAAGGCGGAUGGAGCCCUGGGUGGAGUGCCAUGCUGCGCUGCUGUCGCCACACACAGGCAUCGUGGACUCACAUGCUCUCAUGCUCGCCCUCCAGAGCAGGCAGAGGCAGAAGCAGCAGGAGCCGUUUUUGCCUUCAACACAGCAGCAGUUGGCAUUCAGGCCAACCCAGCCGACCGCUUCCCACUCCUCACCACCAUCCGAACCUCCUCCCCUACCACCAGCAGCACCACCACCACAACCAGCACCAGCAGCACCACCAGCACCGCAAGCAUGUUGCUCUCCUCGCGCUACCUAGUGAACGCAGCUGGGCUGGAAGCCGUUCCCCUCGCACACCGCACCCGUCUCAAAAGAGAGGCCCACGUUGAACCCCAACUGCCUCCCCUGAACCCAUCUAAGACGGCUUGCAGCCCCCCCAAUGGCACUGCAUCACUACCUGCCCACCACCUCCCUCCCCUCUACCUCGCUCGCGGGCAUUACUUUGCCCAUGCGGGAGCACCGCCCUUCUCCCGCCUUGUGUAUCCGCUGCCGGAGCCGGGGGGGCUGGGCGUGCAUGCCACCGUGGACCUGGCCGGUCGAGUGCGGUUCGGUCCCGAUGUGCAGUGGUUGCAUGCAGUGCCGCUCUCUGCCCCUCACGGCAUGCCCAUCAGCUACGACUACUCAGUGGACCCUGCAAGGGCUGAAUCAUUCUACUCGGCGAUCCGCAAGUACUUCCCCUCACUGCAGGCCGGCUCUCUGCAUUCCUCCUCACCACUCACCACUCCCCCCAACCCCCCUCAACUCCUUCCCAUGCCAGCUACAACUAUUCAGUGGACCCUGCAAGGGCCGAAUCAUUCUACUCGGCGAUCCGCAAGUACUGCCCAUCACUGCAGGCCGGCUCUCUGCAUGCCGACUAUGCCGGCAUCCGACCCAAACUCACCGCCCCGGGGGAACCUGCAGCCGAUUUCCUCAUUCAGGUGA